CAUCGACGUAUUACAGCCCAAGGCCGAGGAGCAGACGAUACAAUGGUUCUUGGUCGUGGAGGAUACAAGUUCGAGAACUGGGCCCAGACAUACGGCUCCAGCCCAGAGCUUUACUUCCAGCCCACGUGUGUAGAGGAAAUAAAGGAAAUUCUCGAUCUGGCUCGUCAGAGAAGCAAAAGAGUGAAGGUGGUGGGAGGCGGUCACUCUCCGUCGGACAUAGCCUGCACUGAUGACUUUAUGAUCCGAAUGGAUAAGAUGAACAGAAUUCUCAAGGUGGAUAAGGAAAAGAAGCAGGUAACAGUGGAAGGUGGCAUGCUCCUGACCGAUCUCAACAAGGAAUUAGAUAAGCGUGGCCUGGCUCUGUCCAAUUUAGGAGCCGUAUCUGAGGUUGCUGCGGCUGGCGUCAUUGGGACGGGCACCCACAACACUGGCAUCACUCAUGGCAUAUUAUCAACACAGGUGGUGACUCUAACACUGAUGACGGCAUUGGGGGAGAUCCUGGAAUGCUCCGAGGCUUCGAACCCAGAAAUAUUCCAAGCUGCGAGACUCCAUCUGGGCUCUCUAGGGGUGAUACUCAGCGUCACUAUUCAGUGCAGAUCUGCCUUCCACCUGAAAGAGGUUCCGUUCUCCUCCACUCUCCAAGAGGUCCUCGACAACCUCGACACUCAUCUGAACAGCUCGGAAUAUUUCCGCUUCUACUGGUUUCCGCACACAGAGAAUGUCAGCGUCUUUUAUCAGGACCCAACAGACAAGCCCCCAUCUUCCAAAGCAAACUGGUUUCGGGACACUUUUCUGGGAAAUUACCUGCUAGAGUUCCUGCUCUGGAUAAGCACUUUCAUAACAGGAAUGGUUCCUUGGAUCAACCGGUUCUUCUUCUGGCUGCUGUUUGCAAGUAAAAGUGAACAGGUCAACAUUAGUCAUAAAGUAUUCAAUUUCGACUGCCUCUUCAAGCAGCACGUACAGGACUGGGCUAUUCCCAUAGAAAAGACCAAAGAUGCAUUGAUGCAGCUGAAGGGUUGGCUGGAGAAGAACCCGCAUGUAGUGGCGCAUUUCCCAGUGGAGGUCCGAUUUGCCCGUGGGGAUGAUAUAUUGAUGAGCCCUUGUUACCAUCAGGACAGCUGUUACAUGAACAUUAUUAUGUACAGGCCUUAUGGGAAAGAUGUUGCGCACCAAGAAUACUGGGUAGAAUAUGAGAAUAUCAUGAAAAAAGUUGGAGGAAGACCCCACUGGGCCAAGGCUCACACCUGCACCCGCAAAGACUUUGAAAAGAUGUACCCGGCGUUCAGCACAUUCAAGAGCAUCCGGGAGAAACUGGACCCAACGGGAAUGUUCCUAAAUGCUUAUCUGGAGAAGGUCUUCUACUAAUGAACAGAGAGAGCUGGAGAAGGAGAAGGAUUCUGAGAAUUAGACCAGUCGCGGGCACUUUGUGAUGGUUCUGCUUAACUCUGUCUCCCAACAACCAGGAUCAGCCAUUGGCUUGGAAUGGUACCAGGUCCCCCAACAUUAUUCCAUGUAUCCAAUAGAAUGAGCCUUUAUCCCAGUUUGUGUUUUUUAAACAUUUUUACAAGUUGUUAUACAGUUAUGGGACCUGUUAUCCAGAAUGCUUGGGACUUGAGGUUUUCAGCAUAAGGGGUCUUGCCAUAAUUUGGAUCUCCAUACCUUAAGUCUACUAAAAAAAAUAUAAGAUGAAAUAAGCCCAAUAGGAUUGUUUGGCCUCCAAUAAGUAUUAAUUAUAUUUUAUUCGGGAUCAAGUACAAGCGACUGUUUUAUUAUUACAGAGAGAAAGAAAAUCAGUUUUUGAACAUGCAAAUUAUUUCACUAUAAUGGAAUCUAUGAAAGACACUCCGAGUAAUUCAGAGCUUUUUGAAUAACGACGUAUUAAUUAAUGGAUCCUAUACCUGUACAAUGAAAUAUGUGUGGAAAUAUUAUACAGUAAAAUGCACUUUUUCAAAAAAAAA